UUGUAACGUAAUUUUAUCUGAACAAGAAGCAUCUUCAACCAAUAAUAAUAUGGUUACAAUAGAUGAUAAGUUUUUUGACCUGUUUAAUAGUAGUUGUAAUAUAACUUUACCUAAACAAGCACCUUCGACUAAUAACAAUCCUGUUACAGUAUUAGUUGGUCAAACUUUUGAUAAUUGGUAUGAUGUCCAAAAACAUAUUACUGCUUAUGCAAUAAAUCAAGACUUUUCUAUAAGGCUUCAUCAUACAGAAAGAUGUAUAAACUUUAUUCUCAAAGCAAAAAUUGUUUGUCACCAUACUGCUAAGCUUGAACACAACCACCCUUUAGAUUCUGUCACUAUUAUAUUUGAUCCUGAUCACC